AUGGGCGACGAUGACUACAUGAAGGCGUUGGAGAUCCAGCGGAGAAACUUCGAGAAACAGUUUGGGAAUCUCGAGGAUAUGGGGUUUGUGGAUAAGUCCAAGGAUGUGGAGUCGCUGAGCGAUGAGGAUGAGCAGAACAGUGAUAGUGAGGAUGUGUCUGCCAGUGAAGAUGAAGAAGCUGGUGAUGAAGAUGAAGAUGUGUCAGAGUCAGAGUCGGAAUCGGAAUCGGAGGAGUCAGAGGACGACGUCAAGCCCAAGGUCGUCAGGCUAGAAGACAACCACAUACCCACACAGGCAUCGAAAGCAGACAAGAAGCUUUUGCGUAAAGGCAGGGCUCCAACCCUAGCUGAGCUAGAAAAACGCAAAGCCGAAGCAGAGAAACUCACGAAGAAACAACAGGCCCAGGCGGCCAAGGAAGAUUCAGAAAACUUGGACAAUGAUCUCAAGCUUCAGCGACUCCUCAGCGAGUCCCACAUUCUCGCACACAACAUGGAGCACUCUGGUGCUGAUUUGACGAUGCAGACGAUCGACUACGAGGCUCCAGUGGGAAAUGCCAGGAGACGUAUUCUUGAUCAGCGUAUUCGUGCAGCUUCGGCAACAAACUCACGCACAAAAGGUCUUCCAGAGAAGCUUGAAAAGAUGCCCAUGAAGUUGAGAAAAGGCAUUAUUGGUGCUCGUGAGCGUAGAGUGGCUGACUAUGAGAGAGAGGCUCGUGAGGCCGGUAUUGUGCUUUCCAAGGUGAAGAAGGGUCAGCUUAGAGAGCUUGAGCUGGGUAAGGGUGCCACUGCAUCCAGUGAUCGUCUUGGUGUGGGCAAGAAGCAGAAGAAUAGAAUCAGAGACCGUGGUUUGAAGAUUCAGUCGGUGGGUAAGUCGACGAGAAACGGAUUGCAUAUCUCGCCUGAGGAGAUCAGCAGAAUCAAUAAUAAGCGGAGGCGGCGGUGA